GAGUCUCCCUGACCUUCCCCUUUCAUUUCAGCACCAUGAAGCUCUUCACAGGCUUCGUUUUCUGCUCCCUGGUCCUGGGAGGCGAGGGCUUCUUCUCCUUCCUGAGCGAGGCUUAUGAAGGGGCUAAAGACAUGUGGAGAGCCUGCUCCAACAUGAGAGAAGCCAAGUACAUAGGUGCAGAUAAAUACUUCCACGCCCAGGGGAACAAUGAAGCUGCCCAGAGGGGCCCUGGGGGUGAAUGGGCUGCCAAAGUGAUCAGGUAAGCAGG